AUGGCGGCAUCUAUGAAAAGAGUAUCCACAGGGACAGUCGUGACACCACUUGCGCCUUCAUCUAAGAUUGAAGUACAAUACCCAGCUGAUUGGUUCAAGUCGAAUCCGGAUCAAAAACCCAAGCUGAAAUAUUAUAAAGAAAUGGAAGCGGAUGAGGAUUGGAAAUCAUAUGGCUUAGUUAUAUGCAAAGCUGGAAAUAAGUGCAAUCCGUUCAGUAUGGUCGAACUCCAAGAAGAACAAGAGACAGCAAACCACGAUUCAAAGCCAGCAGCCGAGGAUGACUAUGCAUGGAUGGCUACGUAUCUACUUGGCAUUUACAGGUUGGUAAGGGCCACAGAACAAGACUAUCGUUCAACCCUCUGCGAGCGCAUUAAUGACCAAAUGAAGAGUUUCAAAUCGACAGCCGGCAGCCUGACUGACGUCGUGGCCGAAUUCUCCAACUGGAUAAAUGAUGCAACAUAUCUGAAGAUAGUAGCGUGCGUUGACAUGUUCUACAAUCGAUUUCCAAAGGCGCCACUUGCAGCCGUCAGAGUUAUUUGUUUUGAAGCAGGGCGUUGUCCCUUUCUCCGCCGAUGUUUUGUAAACUGUUCUUUCAACAAUAGAAGUUUUACCAUUUCCGAAGGCCCCACCGAAAGUCGAGAAACAAUUGAAAUGUGUAGGAUUUUGACUGAUACACCUGAGAAAGUGGAAUUAGAAGCAGAACAAGCAGGGCGUGACAAAAAAGCUUCAAGUGUGAAGAAUAAUUUUACCAAAAAAAAGAAAACUGAGAAAAGAAAUAGAAAGUUAAAACAGUUAAAGGGUGACAGUUCCGAAGAUGAACAGGUGUGGGAAGCCAGUGACGAUAGCCUAGAUGACAUCGAUCCAUUUUCAGUUUCUUCAAACGACUUUGAAGUGGAGACGGAUGAUUUUUUUGAAGUGUGCACCCCUUAA